CAUCCAAUCUAAUUUAACAGCCAAAGCAUAUUCGGUUUCCUCUUAACGAAAUCACAGAGAGAGAGCAUCACCCAACAACAACCAUGUCAGGAAGAGGAAAGGGAGGCAAGGGUUUGGGAAAGGGAGGAGCGAAGCGUCACCGGAAGGUUCUGAGGGAUAACAUCCAGGGAAUCACCAAGCCUGCCAUUCGCCGUCUCGCAAGGCGUGGUGGUGUGAAGCGUAUCAGCGGUCUCAUCUAUGAAGAAACUCGCGGUGUUCUCAAGAUCUUCCUCGAGAACGUUAUUCGUGAUGCUGUUACCUACACUGAGCACGCUCGCCGCAAGACUGUGACGGCGAUGGACGUUGUUUACGCUCUCAAGAGGCAGGGCAGGACCCUCUAUGGUUUUGGAGGAUAGAGGAUUGGGGAUUUAUGUGUUUUAGGGUUUCGUUUAGUUUCAAUUUCGCUGUUGAUAUUGUGUAAUUGCUCUUGAGCUUCAAUUUAACAAUCAAUGAUUAUUGUUUGGCUA